AGCUGCUUUGAGGUCAGUCAGAAUCCCUAUAAACUGUCCAGACACACGGACGCGAAGAAGGGUGCUGGAAAUCACGCAAGCCAUCAAUAACAUGUCAUUGUGUUGCUCUGUCUGUCCAGAUCCGUCGGCGGGUGACUGAAGACAGUUCGGAGGGCUGCUGAAUCGCUCUCGUUGGAACUAGCCGUGGACAUUUGCCGAAAGAGAAGGGUUACUCGGGAGCGACUCAUGUGGCGGCGCCGACAGGAAACUCUGAGCUUUGAUUCCGCUGACGGCGACUCCUCAGUUCGAUUCGGAAUCAUACUGAACUCGAGCGCGCGGGCAUUGAACAUUUGCGCCGUUUUCUUUUUGGGAUUUUCAGCCUGAGCAACUUGAAAGAAUCUUAGGAAGAAAAAUAAACAAAUACUAAUUAAACACCCUUAUUACUGCACUACUGAUCAGCCCGUGGGACGAUUGUAAAAAUGUCGAGUCCUCUUCCGAAGUUCAAAAAGGAUAAGGAGAUCAUUGUAGAGUACGAGAGUCAAGUCAAAGAGAUCCGAGCCCAGUUGGUGGAACAGCAGAAAUGUCUGGAGCAGCAGACGGACAUGAGGGUGCAGCUCCUUCAGGACCUCCAGGACUUCUUCCGCAAAAAGUCAGAGAUCGAGAUGGAGUACUCGCGCAACUUGGAGAAGCUGGCCGAACGCUUCAUGGCCAAGACCAGAAGCACAAAGGAUCACCAGCAAUAUAAGAAGGACCAGAAUCUCUUGUCCCCGGUAAACUGCUGGUACCUGUUGUUGAACCAGGUUCGAAGGGAGAGCAAAGAUCAUGCAACUCUAAGUGACAUUUAUCUGAACAAUGUCAUCAUGCGCUUCAUGCAGAUUAGUGAAGACUCCACACGCCUUCUAAAAAAGAGUAAAGAAAUCACCUUUCAGCUGCAAGAGGAUCUGAUGAAAGUCCUCAACGAGCUCUAUACGGUGAUGAAAACCUACCAUAUGUAUCACACGGAAAGCAUCAGUGCCGAGAGUAAGCUGAAAGAGGCAGAAAAGCAGGAGGAGAAACAGAUCGGGCGCACUGGAGAUCCGGUCUUUCACAUCCGGCUAGAGGACAGACCCCAGAGAUGGAGCUCUGUGAAGAAGAUUGAGAAGAUGAAGGAGAAGAGACAAGCCAAGUACUCAGAGAACAAGCUGAAGUCGAUCAAAGCUCGGAACGAAUACCUGCUGACACUUGAAGCCACUAAUGCUUCAAUCUUCAAGUAUUACAUUCACGACUUGUCAGACUUAAUAGACUGCUGUGAUCUGGGGUACCAUGCCUCUCUGAACCGGGCUUUGCGGACCUAUCUCUCGGCCGAAUAUAACCUGGAGACAUCCCGUCACGAAGGCCUGGACAUCAUAGAGAAUGCCGUGGACAGUCUGGACCCCCGUAGUGACCGCCAGCGUUUCAUGGAAAUGUACCCUACUGCCUUCUGCCCACCCUUCAAAUUUGAGUUCCAACCACAUAUGGGAGAUGAGGUGUGCCAGAUCACGGCCCAACCUCCUGUGCAGGCUGAACUCUUGCUGAGGUUCCAGCAGCUGCAGUCCCGGCUGGCAACUCUUAAGAUCGAGAGUGAGGAGAUAAAGAAGACCUCAGAAGCCACUCUCACUACCAUUCAGGACAUGGUAACCAUUGAGGACUACGACGUGUCAGAAUGCUUCCAUCAUAGCCGUUCGACCGAAUCAGUCAAGUCCACAGUGUCAGAAACCUACCUCAGCAAGCCGAGCAUCGCCAAGAGACGUGCCAACCAGCAGGAGACGGAGCAGUUCUAUUUUAUGAAAUUCCGUGAGUAUCUGGAGGGCAGCAAUCUCAUCACUAAGCUCCAGGCUAAGCAUGAUCUACUGAAGAGGACCAUCGGUGAUGGUUACCGGCCUGAGUACGCAACCACAAGCCGCGGACGACGGAACUCUCACACAAGGCAUCAGGACUCUGGACAAGCAAUACCGCGAGUUGUUGAGAGUUGUAUUCGAUUUAUUAAUCUAUAUGGUCUUCAACAUCAAGGAAUUUUCAGAGUUUCUGGAUCUCAAGUUGAAGUCAAUGAUAUCAAGAACUCGUUUGAGAGAGGUAAUGAUCCCCUGACAGAUGAAGAGAAUAACCAUGAUAUAAACUCUGUGGCGGGGGUUUUGAAACUCUACUUUCGUGGUCUGGAGAAUUCUCUGUUUCCAAAGGAGAGAUUCAGUGAUCUCAUCUCCUGUGUCAGAAUAGAUAAUCUGUAUGAGAGAGCUCUGUAUAUUCGUAAGAUUCUCCUGACUGUGCCCAGAUCAGUGCUUGUGGUCAUGCGUUAUCUGUUCGCCUUUCUCAACCACCUGUCCCAAUACAGCGAUGAGAAUAUGAUGGACCCCUAUAAUUUGGCCAUCUGCUUUGGACCCACCCUCAUGCCCACCCCAGACACGCAAGACCAGGUCUCCUGCCAGGCUCAUGUCAAUGAGGUCAUCAAAACCAUCAUCAUCCACCACGAGACCAUCUUUCCUGACGCAAAGGAGCUUGACGGCCCUUUGUACGAGAAGUGUAUGGCUGGUGACGACUAUUGUGAGAGUCCGUACAGUGAACAUGGAGCUCUAGAGGAGGCUGAUCAGGAUGGAGGAACAGAGACCCACACCAGUGAAGAUGAGGGGGAGCCCAUUGAAGCCAUUGCAAAGUUUGACUACGUGGGGCGCUCUGCACGGGAACUGUCUUUUAAAAAGGGUGCGUCUCUGCUGCUGUACCAGAGAGCGUCAGAUGACUGGUGGGAGGGCAGACAUAAUGGCAUAGAUGGCCUAGUGCCUCACCAGUACAUUGUUGUGCAGGACAUGGAUGACACGUUCUCAGACACUCUGAGUCAGAAAGCGGACAGUGAGGCCAGCAGUGGACAUGGAGGAGACGAGAAAUUCUCCAGCAGGGACAUGGGAUCUCCAACGGACAGCAGGCUACCUGAUCCAUACAUCAGUAGCCGACACAGGAAGAGAAGUGACCCCCCAACCCGCCGGCCUCCAGCCCGGCCCUCUGACGCUCACUGCAUGGUCCACCCCUCUCAGUGCCACCACAAUAACCACAGCAGCCACGGUAGUCACGGCACACCAGACUUGGGCUCCAAAGUGAUGGGUCACUACAGCCCGCGGGACAUGCUGAGGGGAAGAGGACACAUACCCAUGGACAGUCCCGAGAGACGCAGACGGAUGGGCCACGGCAGCCUGACCAACAUUAGCCGCCACGAGUCGAUAAAGAAGAUGGAAAGCCCGCCCAUCCGCAGGUCCACAUCUUCAGGCCAGUACACAAGCUUCACCGAGCCUCACGGCAAGAGUCUGGAUGCAGAGACCAUCGCACAGGACAUUGAGGAGACGAUGAACACUGCUCUGAAUGAGCUGAAGGAGCUAGAAAGGCAGAGUUCUGCCAAACAUGCCCCUGAUGUGGUGCUGGACACCCUGGAGCAGAUGAAGAAUGUUCCCACUCCGGCCAGCUCCACCGAGUCCCUCAGCCAACUGCACGGUCUCCUGCUGCGGCCCGCCGUCACCGAGCUGCCCAUGCGCCGUAGCACAAGUUCGUCCAGCGACACCAUGAGCACCUUCAAGCCCGCAGUGGCUCCACGCAUGGGGGUGCAGCUCAAGCCCCCUGCUCUGCGGCCCAAGCCCAUGGUGACCAUACCUAAGACGGGAGCAGCGCAGCAUCCGGCGCCCCCUCCACAGGAUCCACUAGACAAAUCCUGCACCAUGUGACCUUAUUCAGGGACAGAGAGGACACAACAGUUGAGGGACAACAUAAGAUAAAGACCACUGCAAUAGGAGCUAGAUUUAUAGUUUGACUUCCAUUUGUGGUUCUUCUUGUUGCUCUGUGGCAUCAAUGUCCUCUCCAACAUUUCAUUUGCUUUAGAGAGGAAUGGACUAAAGCAAAUAAACUGUAGGUUAAAUACAGAAACUUUAAUACAGAUGUAGAAAUAAGUCUCUUGAUACUUUGUUACUGUGAUCAGCAUUACCAAGCUCACUAGCUGGGCUUUGAAAAUGUGUGUAUGAAAUGUUAAUGUUAUAGGGUGAACUAAAGAGAUAGUUCACCCAAAAAUGAACAUUCUCUCAUCAUUUACUCACCCUCAUGCCAUCCCAGAUGUGUAUGACUUACUGACCUUUUCCAUUUUUGUGUAAAUUAUCCCUUUAAACAGGUGUGUACUAUUUUAGAGGGUUAUACUUGCUCUUGCGUGUAGGUGUAACUUGUCACUUUAAUAAAACAAAGGGACAUUCUUAGAUCUUGUAGAGCAAGAUACCUAUAAUGUACUGUUUGCUUGCAUGUACAACACCUUAUUUCCCUCUGUGAUACUCUGUGUGAAUAGAUUAAGGAAUUCAGACUUUGAUACUAAAGAAAGCAACAAUUCACUUUGGCUUCCUGUGUGGUUAGGGUGACUUUUUACAUCAGUAGUUUACAUCCAGACUGCUAAAUGUGAAUAAUACAGAAACUAAGCGGGGUCUUUGGUUUCUUUGUGUGUUUACAGCUUACGGGAAAUAUAGUCUUUACAUCUCAGAGUGUUUGUCUAGUUGAACCUGCCUGGUUGGCUUUUUGACUUUUUGGAGUGAGUGGAAUGUUGAUGUUGGAAACCUCACUGCCACAUUAGGGCAUGUAAUGUUACAUCUGAUGCCCAUUCUGAUUGGCUGUUGGAGGCAGUUGGAAGUUGUCAACUCCUAAGUUGUAUCUGCAAGGCUUUACUUUGAAUAUUAUAUUUUUUGAUAAUAAUAUUUGAAUAUAUGCCCAGUGAGUUUGCAUACACCACAUCUGCAUUGAACAUGUUGAACAACCAUUUCCCCAGUUGAAUGGUUACUUUGUUCAUUUGUUAAGUACUUCAAUAAUUUUCUUAUUUAGAUAGAUAUAUAUUAUAUAUACAAAUGUACAUCCACUAAACCUUUUUUCUUAUCUACAUUACAUUGUCCCAGAUCAAAGAGUUGCUCACUAGAGGCAAUGUUUUCUUUCUAUAUUUGUUUUAGUAUCUGUCUGCUUGGUUAGAUGUACAGUGCUGUGGAAAGAAUCUGCCCCAUCCUGAUUUCUUCUGUUUUUGUGUGUUUUUCAUACUAAAUUGUUUUAGAUCUCAAACAUGAUAUAACAUAAAACAAAGGCAACCUGAGUAAACACAAAAUACAGUUUUCAAAUAUAUAUAUAUAUAUAUAUAUAAUUGAAGCAAAAAAAGUUAUCCAACACCUAUGUCACUCAUGUGAAAAACUAACUACCCCCUUUAACUUAAUGGCUGGUUGUGCCACCUUUAGAAGCAACAACUGCUAGCAAACGCUUCCAAUAACUGGAGAUCAGACUUUCACAACACUGUGGUGGAAUUUUGGCCCACUCUUCUUUGCAGAACUGCUUUACUUCAGCCACAUUGAAAGGUUUUUGAGCAUGACCUGCCCAUUUAAGGCUCUGCCACAGCAUCUCAAUCGGGUUCAAGUCAGGACUUUGACUAGACCACUCCAAAACUUUAAUUUAGCUUCUUUUGAGCCAUUCAGAGGUGGACUUACUCCUAUGCUUUGGAUCAUUGUCUUGCUGCAUAAUCCAGUUGUGCUUGAGCUUCAACUCUGAUGACCGAUGACUGGUCAUUGUCCUUUAGGAUUUUUUUGGUAGAGAGCAGAAUGUUUCCCUCAAACAAGGUCACCUGGCCCUGAAGAAGCAAAGCAUCCCCACACCAUCACACCACCACCACUAUGCUUGACCGUAGGUAUGAUGUUCUUUUUGUGGAAUUCUGUGUUUGAUUUAAACCAGAUGUAACAGGACCCCUGUCUUCGAAACAGUUCCACUUUCGACUCAUCAGUUCACAGAACAUUCUCCCAAAAGCUUUGAGGAUCAUCAAAGUGUGUUUUGGCAAAAUUCAAACGAGCCUUAAUGUUCUUUUGGGUUAGCAGUGGUUUUCACCUCACCACACUUCCAUGGAUGCCAUUUUUGGCCAGUAUCUUUCUGAUAGUGGAAUCAUGAACAGUGACCUUUAUUGAUGCGUGAGAGGCCUGCAGUUCCUUGGAUGUUGUCCUUGACUUCCUGGAUGAGUUGCGCUGUGUUCUUGGAGGAAUUUUGGAAGGUCGGCCACUUCUGGGAAGGUUCACGACUGUGCCAAGUUUUAUCUGCUUGGAGAUAAUGGCUCUCACUCUGGUUCUUUGGAGUCCCAGAGCCUUUGAAAUAGCUUUGUAACCCUUCCCAGACUGUUGUAUUUCAAUCACCUUUUUCCAUCAUCAUUUCUUGAAUUUCUUUAGACCUUUGGCAUAGUGUGCUACUGGGUGAGACCUUUUAGCUGACUUCAUGCUGCUGAAACACUUCUAUUUAUGUGUUGAUUUGAUUGAACAGGGCUGACAGUAAUCAGGCCUGGGUGUGUCUAGUCCAGCUAAACCCUGUUAUGAAUGCAGUUUCAUAGAUUUGAGGAUUUAGUAACUAACGGGGCAAAUACUUUCACACAAGCCCAGUUGGUAUUGGAUAACUUUUUUGCUUCAAUAAAUAACAUUAUCAUUUAAAAACUGUAUUUUGUGUUUACUCAGAUUGCCUUUUUUAUAUUAGAUUUUGUUUGAAUUUUUGAAACAAUUUAGUAUGAGAUAUACCAAAAAACAGAAGAAAUCAUGGGCAGAUACUUUUGUGAAUAGUUAAGUCUAGCUGACAAAAAACGUGAAGUUGUUCUACAAGUGCUGCUUAGAAUGUGAUACGGAUAGUUUACAAAAAGCUUUCCUAGUCUGCUUAGCUGUCUAAAUGCUCGGCUUGGCUCUAUCCUAUAAAGCAUGAAUGAUAAUCCUUGUAGUUGUGAUGUGCAAGUACUUUUCUAGAAACAUUUUGAAAAGAUUUAAGGCAGUAGUUCUUGUUGUUUCACCAAACAAGGGAAUGACACUGAUAGCCAUGGACUUAGAGACUGUUACUGCAGUACUUUAAUGGAAUAGUACUGGUUUUCUUGUUAUCUCCCAUUAACCCUUUUUAAUAAUGUCACUUACAGCGCCUCACCCAAAUUAAAGGGAUAGUUCACCCAAAAAUAAAUAAAAUGUUUACUCACCUAGAUGUUGUUCCUAACCUGUUUGAUUUUCUCUCUUCUGUGGAAAACAGAAGAAGUAAGGAAGAGUGUUAGCCUCAGUCACCAUUCACUGCAAGAUACCCAAAGACGAAGAAUUUGCACUCACAAAAGGCCAGUGAUUUAACUCCAACCAGAUAAAGAGCCAAAAUCACAAUAGCUGUAAUGGGAUUUCAUUUAUAGUAUUUCAAUCCGACAAUAAUGCAUCCAUUUCUGACAUUAAUGAUGAAUCGUACAAGUGCAUUUAUAUUAUUACAACAGUUUGACAACACAAAAGCUUAUAAUGUGUGUGUGCUUGUACUGUAUUCAUUGAUAAUUAUACAUAAAUGUACUCACAUUUAGGUAGAAUAUGUUCUGAAAUGUGUUUGGAUGACUAUACAGAAUUUUGCCCAUUGUCCAUUACUGAACCAAGGGAACAAACUGCAUCUAACUUUAAGGAAAAUAUAAGCAAUGCCUGUUUUUAACAUUUAAUUAUAAGGUUGUUGAGCAUACUAAAGCCUUUUGUUUACCAAUUGUUACUGAGCAAUAUUACAAACAAAGUUUUUUUUUUUUUUUUAAAAGAGUACAUUACAUUGAUAAGCCUUAUAAAAUAGUGUUCUCCCUGCAAAUCUAUAAACAGUAGCGAAUCUCUGUACUUAAUAGCUGUUAUAACGGUGUUGCCAUGAAUAUCUCUGUACUAUGUACUUGUGAAGUGCCUUUAAAACUAUUUUAGAGAAACUUCAUACAAACGUCCUCUGUGCUGUGGCAUUCUUAUUUCAGAUCCAGUGUACCCAGUUGGGAUUACAGUAAAUAAAUUAUUACUAACAUGGUUCUGUUAAUUAAGUUGUAUGAAUGGUCAAGUAAAGAUACUGCUUAUCCGUUGUGAUGGCACUUUUAUGUAAGACUGUAUAUUUGGCAUGUGACAUCCUAAAAAGUUGUAGAGCUCUUUGGAGGAUUGCUCCUUUCUAAUAAAGAACAUAGUUUGGCAAGUC